GGUUUAAAAAGAAGGAGAGAGAACUCUUUUAUUUCUAUUGAAAUCAUCCGUGUCUCAUGUUUACUUUUCUCUAUUGUUCUUACAUCGAAUUCUGUCAAUCAAAAUUUGAAAUCUCGCGCUUAAAUUAAUAAAUUAGCCGUUGUCUUUUGUUACUAUUUGCAUAAAUUAUGAGCCCGCGGCUAUUUUUCUCUCAGCGGUAAAUGCUUGUUAGUUGAUAAAUUUGUCGUUUUUACAUAUCAUAAACAAGCAAGAAGCGAAAUGGCAGGCGAAGACGUUAAAAAUAUAAUAGAAUUGGAUGAUGACUUUUUUGUGACGGAAGAAAUGUUGUCAGAUUUUACUGUUUACGAAAGUUGUGAGGUGGAAGUAUCGUUUGUGGAAGAUCUGUUGGAAGAAGAAAAUGAAGUAGAUGCUGGAUAUUUGGGUAUUCCUCAAAUAGUAUUCGUUGAUGAAGAAGAUGUGGACAUGGUGGUUGAUAACAACAGUACCAAAAAUGUGAAGUUUGUGUGCAGCAAGUGCAAAAAACAGUAUUUUAAAGAAGCUUACUACAAGAAACAUACUCUGAUAUGUAAAAAGCCAACAGAUCCAGAAACAACAACAGUGGCAAGAAAAACUCUUGAUGACUCAAAAAAUAAAUCAACUACAACAAUUUCCACAAAACAAGUUAAAUCAAAAUCGAAUCAAUCUUUAUCCAUCACCGAUCAUGAGCUGCAGCAAGAAAAAAUGAAUUUUGUUCGUGAUGCUAUGGUUAAAAUUUCAAAAGACCCAAUCAAUAACAUUGUUGUGAAAGGAUUCAAAACACCUGGAAAUCGUGUCAAAGAAUUAGCCAACUCAAUUUUGAAUGCUGGGAGUGAUGUUUUGGACAUUAUUUCUGAAAAUGUAGUGUGUCGCAUAUUUAAAGAAUUGCAAAAAUCUAACCUACUGACUGGUUCAGGAAAAGAAUCUCUUUGGAGAAAAGUGCAUGAACUUGCACAAGACGAUAAAUUCAGACAACAUUGGAAACAUGUAUUACCUAAAGGAUACUGCAUUGACAGUCAAGAAUUCUCUAUGUUGUUGCAGAAAUUUGUUAUGGAGUUAAUAAAAAUACUAGUAGCUCAUGAAAACAAAAAUCGACAUGUCGAAAAAAGUCUUGACUUGAAACUCACAACUGAGGAACAAACUGUUCUGUAUUAUGUUUCAGGAUACAUAAUUUUCUCGCUACGUAAAAAAUACCAAAGAUUAGCAGAUUCGAAAAACAAAGUUGUUGCUGUGGCUGCAUUGCAGUUUCUGAACUCAUUGAAAGUUUCAGGUGAUGAUAAACUGCAGGUAUAUAGUUUUCUGGAUUAUACAAGAUCUUGGGUGGACCAAGUCAGCAGAGGAUACCUGAUAAAAGUCAAUGAUGACAUGUUUAUUUUUUGCAGAAGAAUUGAAAACGUUAUUAGAAAAGUUUUAAACCUCCUUGGUCUCACCAUAUGA